ACUGAAGUAAUUUUCUCAUUCCGCGUGGAAGAUGUUUCAGAAAUACCCUGGAACGAUGCACACUGCCCAGUGCUCGGUGGGAGUUCCACAAAUUCCCGCCAAAGUCCACCGACCUAAACAAUUCGCGGGAAUUUCCCGCCUUCUUGCAGACUAUAUUCAAGGACAAUUUACCCUUUUCAAUCUUCAUUCUUCAGGCAAUUAGGUCUCUUUCUCUUUCUACAUUUCUAUGGCUUCUUCACGACGCCCCAGCAAUGGUCGAUCACCGCUGGUAAAUCCACAGCGACAAAUCACAUCGUUCUUCUCCAAGACAUCAUCAUCUUCCCCUUCCCCUUCCCCUUCCCCUUCCCCUUCCCCUCUUAUUUCCAAACAAAACCCUAAACAGAAACCCAGCCCAAGCCUUAGCCCUAGCCCUAGCCCGACCACCCCUUCUCCUAUUCAGACCAAACAAAAGAAGCCCCUUUUGGUCAUUGGUCCAUCUCCAACUUCUCCUUCAACUCCUGCUUCGGAUACCGCGGCAACGCCCAAGACCGCCGAUAAAUGUUACGGCCAAGAAGUUGUGAACAGGAGAAUCCGGGUUUACUGGCCGUUGGAUCAAUCUUGGUACGAAGGUUGUGUUAAAUCGUUCAAUAAAUUUUCCGGUAAGCAUUUGGUUCAGUACGACGAUGCUGAUGAGGAACUCUUGGAUCUUGCCAAGGAAAAGUUGGAGUGGGAUGAGAAGGAAAAAAGCACAAAGACGUUUCGCCGACUGCGUCGUCGAGUUUCAGUCAUAGAAGAUGAAGAGGUGGAAAGUGGCGGAGACAAUUCCUCUGAUGAGGAUUGGGGAAAGAAUGCAGAAAAAGAAGCGGACGAGGAUGUCUCUGAAGAUAUGGAUUUGGAUAAUGAAGAGGAUGGGGUGGGAAGUGCAAAACGAACGGGUGGCAAGAAUUCAGAUUCAAGAAAACGCAAGACGAAUGGAGGAGGGGUGUUAGAUUCUUGUAAGAAGAGCAAGAAUGGAGGAGAUGUUGAGAAGAGAACAUUUCGGGUUUCUUUAGAUGGCAAUGCAGGCAAAUUGAUGGAACCUACAAAUAACAAUGACAGCUGGAAGGCUUCUCAUGCUGUUGAUAAUGUUCUAACGGGGGAUGCUGCAGAAAGGUUUGCUCCGCGUGAAGGACAGAAGUUGUACUUCCUUGGGAAAGACCGUAGGGAUGCCAAUAGAAGACAACCGGGAGAUAUAAAUUAUGAUCCAAAAACACUUUACUUGCCUCCUGAUUUCUUGAAGAGUUUAACUGGUGGCCAGAGACAAUGGUGGGAGUUUAAGUCAAAGCAUAUGGACAAGGUUCUAUUUUUCAAGAUGGGCAAAUUUUAUGAAAUUUUUGAGAUGGAUGCACAUAUAGGAGCAAAAGAACUUGAUCUGCAGUAUAUGAAGGGUGACCAACCUCACUGUGGAUUUCCGGAGAAGAAAUUUUCAAUGAAUGUGGAGAAGUUGGCUCGAAAGGGUUAUAGGGUUCUUGUUGUGGAGCAAACAGAGACUCCUGAACAGUUGGAGAUCCGUCGCAAAGAGAAGGGUUCUAAAGAUAAGGUUGUGAAACGUGAAAUAUGUGCAGUGGUUACGAAAGGAACCUUAACUGAAGGAGAGAUGCUAUCAACGAACCCUGAUGCUUCUUACAUCAUGGCAGUGAAUGAAAGCUGUCAAAUUUCAGCAAAUCAACAGAAGCGUAUAUUUGGUGUCUGUGUGGUUGAUGUUGCUACAAGCAAGAUUAUUCUUGGACAGUUUGAGGAUGAUCCAGAGUGCAGUGCCUUGUGUUGUCUAUUAUCUGAACUAAGGCCAGUGGAAAUUAUAAAACCUUCAAAAUUGCUCAGCCCUGAAACUGAGAGAAUACUGCUGCGACAUACAAGAAGUCCUUUAGUCAAUGAGUUACUCCCACAUUUGGAAUUCUGGGAUGCAGAAAGAACUCUGCGCGAAGUGAAAGAUAUCUACAGGCGUGUUAAUGGUCAACCAGUUUUUUCGUCUUCAAAGGUAGCAAAUUCACAAGCUAUUGAUUCCUCUGUUGAGGAUUUGUGCUGCCUACCAGAUGUUUUAUCUGAGCUCGUGAGUGCAGGCGAGAAGGGCAACUAUGCUCUUUCAGCUCUUGGAGGCACUCUUUUCUACCUAAAGCAGGCUUUUCUGGAUGAAACUUUGCUUAGAUUUGCAAACUUUGAGUUACUUCCCUGCUCUGGUUUCAGUGAUAUCGCUCAUAAACCAUACAUGGUUCUUGAUGCUGCUGCACUGGAGAACCUUGAGAUAUUCGAGAACAGCAGAAAUGGAGACUCUUCAGGGACACUGUAUGCGCAACUGAACCAUUGCAUUACAGCAUUUGGGAAAAGGUUACUCAAAUCAUGGCUUGCAAGACCCUUGUAUCAUUUGGGGUCAAUUAAGGAACGCCAAGAUGCUGUAGCAGGUCUUAAGGGAGUUAAUCUACCUUUUGCACUUGAAUCUCGAAAAGAGUUAUCCAGGCUACCCGACAUGGAGCGGUUGCUUGCGCGCAUCUUUGCUAGCAGUGAAGCUAAUGGAAGGAAUGCAAGUAAAGUAGUCAUGUAUGAGGAUUCAGCAAAGAAACAGCUUCAAGAGUUUAUUUCUGCUCUACGUGGUUGUGAAUUGAUGGCCCAUCUUUGCUCUUCACUUGGUGUCAUUAUGGAUAAUUGUGAAUCUAGCCUACUACAUCAUUUACUGACACCUGGUAAAGGUCUUCCUGAUAUUGAUUCAGUUUUAAAGCAUUUCAAGGAUGCCUUUGAUUGGGUGGAAGCAUAUAAUUCAGGCCGUAUAAUACCUUGUGAAGGAGUUGACAUGGAGUAUGACUCUGCCUGUAAAAUGGUUAAGGAGAUUGAGUUUGGUUUGACAAAACAUUUAAAGGAACAGCGCAAAUUACUUGGAGAUGCAUCAAUCAAUUAUGUCACAAUUGGAAAAGAUGCAUACCUUUUGGAAGUGCCAGAAAAUUUGUGCAGGAGCAUUCCUCGGGAUUAUGAGUUACAAUCAUCCAAAAAGGGCUUCUUCCGGUAUUGGUCUCCGACCAUAAAAAAGUUGAUAGGAGACCUCUCUCAGGCUGAAUCUGAAAAGGAGUCCAAGUUGAAAAGCAUUUUGCAGAGGUUGAUUGUACGUUUCUGCGAGCAUCAUAUUAAGUGGAGGCAAUUGGUUUCUACUACUGCAGAACUGGAUGUUUUGAUAAGUUUAGCAAUUGCAAGUGACUAUUAUGAAGGACCAGCAUGUCGUCCAAUAAUCAGCUGCUUAUCAUAUCCAGAUGAAGUACCAUGCCUCAGUGCUAAAACUCUAGGAAAUCCCAUUCUUAGAAGUGAUUCUCUAGGCAAGAAUACUUUUGUCCCCAAUGAUGUUACCAUUGGUAGUUCCAGUCAUGCCAGCUUCAUCCUUCUCACUGGUCCUAAUAUGGGUGGGAAGUCAACUCUUAUUCGUCAAGUUUGCUUGGCUGUCAUUUUGGCCCAGGUAGGAGCAGAUGUCCCUGCAGAAAGCUUUAAGAUGUCACCUGUUGAUAGAAUCUUUGUUCGGAUGGGUGCAAAAGAUCAUAUUAUGGCAGGCCAAAGUACAUUUUUAACAGAGCUUUUAGAAACUGCAUCUAUGUUGUCGUCAGCAACCCGUAAUUCACUUGUGGCAUUGGAUGAACUUGGACGUGGUACAUCAACUUCAGAUGGACAAGCUAUCGCGGAAUCAGUUCUUGAACAUUUUGUUCACAAGGUGCAAUGUCGAGGACUGUUUUCUACUCAUUAUCAUCGAUUAGCUGUGGACUACCAGAGAGAUCCAAAGGUCUCCCUAUGCCAUAUGGCAUGUCAAGUUGGAAAAGGAAUUGGAGGUCUGGAGGAGGUUACCUUUCUCUACAGGUUAACUCCUGGUGCAUGCCCUAAAAGCUAUGGCGUCAAUGUUGCACGGUUAGCUGGACUUCCUGACACUCUACUUCAGAAAGCUGCUUCAAAAUCUCGGGAGUUUGAGGUAACGAAUGGUAAACAUGGGAAGGGGUCUGACAAGAAGUCCAAGCAGACAUGGGAAGAGCAAAUAGCAGUUAUAAAAAAAUUGGUUGAAGUUACUAAAAAAAUGAGUUGUCAUGAUUCCGCUGAGAACAUAGGUGUUAACUCGCUGAAUGAACUGCAGCACAUGGCAAGGAUGUUUCUAGAACGAUACUAAAAAAUUGGAAUUUUUUAUGCAAAGUAGUCGGGGAUUUGUUUUGGGGCUGGCAGUAACAUUAUAGGUUAAAAAAAUCUUUUGCUCGGGCAACAUCAAAGUUGUUUUUGUUUCAACUGCCAAGCUUUUGCUAAAUGAGCUCUAAGUAUUGCUUCCAUAUUUGGAGUAUAUUUUCUAGCUGAUAGUAGCCGAUGGAGAUGGAGAACCCGGAAUGUAAAAUAAUAUAGGUGUGCCUAGCAGAUCGCCACUAGAAUCUCAAUUUUUGUAUGUUGAGUGGGCUACUGCAAUGUACAAAUAUUUUGUUUUGUAUGCGUUUAGAUAUGUUGUGGUUGCAAAGAGGUAUAUUUGUUUCUGUAUCUAUCGGAAAUUUUGUGAUUGUUCCAACCAACUCAAAGUGUUUGGGUGUUUCCAACAGUGUACAAGCUUUUGUCCAACGUUGCAUUGUAAGUAAACUCUUGGGUUUUAAUAUUCUAAUAAACAUAAUAAUGUUCAUUA